AUGGCACCAACAAUGACAACUACCAAAACAACCUCCAUCCUCAAACUCCCUCUCGACACCCGCAACGACCCAUCCCUCCUCCAUUUCAACCAGCUCCUCUACAUCCCCGAAACCGGAAUCUGGGCACCCGGGAAGAAGAGUACGCCCAUCUUCGAUUUCUCAUCUCACUUCGACCGCUCAUCGGUUAGUUGGUUCACCGAUGACUACGUCGGCUUCAAUGAAGAUGUUAUGGCACAAGCAAAGGAGAUCGCUACCACGGCGAUUUCACAGGACCAAAAUGCGGCCGAGGAGAUCCCGAAUCCUUCAGUCAUUUUCAAACUGUCAAGGACUCACUGGUACAACGACUCGAAAUGGACUGUGACCAAACCGGUGUUCGAACAGCGGUUACUAGAUGCAUUGGACAGCGAGAGCGACGUCGACUCCAUCCGAAAACAGAAACUACAGAAUAGGGAGAAUGCGCAACAAGAACAACAAGGAAAUCAGAAUAGUGAUGUAGUACUGGCGGAAUCCUCGUCGCCAAUCCUAGCAUUUGGAGUGACGAACAUCGUUUUCCCACCUAAUUCACUUCACUCCUCGCACCCGAUCACCGUUCGACCUACUAAUGCUACGCGACGUAGUCAGAGCUUUGUGCAUGACUCUGUUUCGUAUGCAUGGGACGUUAACAAGACAUUGUUCCCUGGUGGAGGCGGUGUUCUCAGUUUGUACAAGGGGGUUGGAUCGGCGAGUAAGAUAGAGAUUGGAAGAUAUCAGAGCGACAAUGGCAAGGUUAUACCUGGAGGAGUCUUGGUGAUCGAUUCGGACGAGGUUGAUGUUUUGAUUGCCGUGUUGACUUUGUUGGCUGUGCUGUCGCAGAGAGACAGUUUCUCAUUUCCUACGAGCAGGCACGUUGGCUAA